AACGGAUUCAGUCGUUUGGUAACUGUUGCUCCUAUCAGUCGUUCUCUGUCGCUCUUGGAUUGCGUGGGCACAUCGGUCGUUCGGCUAUUUGGGUUCGGCAUUUCGGGAUCUGAUAUCGUGAUUCGGCUCGCCAUCGUAUAAACCUGCGUCCGUGUGCGUUAGCCGGCCAUUGAGCACUAUCGCUGCCACAGGCAUUUGGCCCACCGUGUGUGUUUACCAGUGUGGCAUAAUCUUCGAUUAGCGCAACCCGACCGAUCGGAUAUACCCCUUGAAAAUAAGAUAUAGUUAACUUGCGGUAGAGUUAUCAAAAAAUCAAAACACACAUUGCGCACCCCAAGCACACACACACGUCACAUAUAAAAUAUAAACCCAAGCCCCAGCGGCUGUAAAGUGCCACCAAAAAGUACUUGGCCGUGUAUUUUAUGCAUGAAAAGCUAAAGCAAGUGCAACCAACCGCCGAAGUGACACCCAGAAAAAAUAUACACAUAUAAGGAAGCCCAAAAAACAAACUCGGGAUUACCGCACACUCACACGCUCACGCUUACGCUCAGACAGAAAAAAUACGCGAAGCCAAAGGAAGUCAGCAGCAGAAUCAUGUCACGGAUCGUUUUUAUAUGUCUCGCAGCCAUCUUAACAGAUGCACUCACCUGGGCCCAGGUGAACGUGGAACCCAACACAGCGCUCCUCAACGAAGGCGAUCGCACUGAGCUGCUCUGCCGCUAUGGCAGAUCCAUCAACUACUGCCGCAUCGAGAUUCCCGGCGAGCAGAAGGUCCUCAACCUGUCGCCGGAGUGGAGCAAGACCCCCGGAUUCACGUACUUCGGAGCGGGUCUUACGGCCGGACAGUGCGGUGUCAGCAUCGAGAGGGUCAAGGCCAGCAACAAUGGCCAGGUCAAGUGCAGUCUGGGCGUCGAGGGAGAGGAGCUGUCAGGCAUCAUCGACCUGGUCGUGGCAUUGCGUCCGCAGCAGCCCAUCAUCGAGCUGCUGUCGCGGCCAAAUCGCGAGGGCUACUUCAACGAGGGAACUGAAUUCAGGGCCCGGUGCAGCGUUCGCGAUGGUCGUCCGCCGGCGAACAUCUCGUGGUACAUCGACAACAUGCCGGCCAACAAGCGCACCACUCUCCUGAACGUCAUUUCCUCGACCACCGACAACGUGGAGCUAUCGACCUCCGUGCAGGAAAUCCAGUGGCACCUGUCGCCCGAGGACAGCAACCGGAAACUGGUCUGCCGCUCCCACCACCAAACCGAUCGCGAGAGUGUGCCGCCCCAGGAAGCUGCGUACAUCAUCAACGUGCGCUAUGCUCCCGUCCACCAGCCAGAUGCUGCCGUAUACGGACUCUAUCUCGAGCACACUGCCAUUGUGAACAUAACCAUCCGUGCCAGUCCGCAGCCCAAGAUCGAGUGGACCAUCGAUGGAGCAAUUGUGGGGCAGGGACGCACCGAUGGGCGCUACUCGGCAUAUGAGCCGCAGUAUCUGGGCAACGAUGAGUACAACGUGACACUGGCCAUUGCCGGUCUGACCCUGGAAGAUACCACCAAAAUCUACAAUCUGAGGGCCAGCAACGAACUGGGACUGACGGACUACCAGGUGCGCAUCAGUUCGUCAAGCAAACCGCCCAGUAGCAGCCUCGAUGUGGCCGCAAUCGUUGGCAUUGUGGUCGCCGUUGCCGUUUUGGUCCUGGUCGUUUUACUGAUUGUGUUUGCACGGGCUACUGGCCGAUGGUGUUUUGGCGGCAAAUCAAUUAAGACGCCCACAAAUGAAACUCAGAUCGAUAAGCAACUGGAGUUGGGAACCCAACAGGACCAUGGUCAAAACGUAGCGCUCUUGGAAACCCCCAACGGCAUAACCUUGUUGGGAGCUAGCAAGCUGCGAGAGGUCAAUGGAAAUGGCCACCAGGAUCGGUUGUCGGUUGAAAGACGCAAUCACGAUGAAGAUGACAGUUUUGAAUACGGAACGGAUCGGGAGAGCAGUGUCUAUAACCCCACCACGCGGCCUCUGAAGAGCAUUCUGAUGAGCCAGGCGGCAGGACGUAACUCCCGGAGCUCUGCCAGCGAUAAGGAGGAAGGCAACGAGAACGCCGAUCUACUGCAGAAGGGAAACCAACUGGGGAUUCCCGAAUCGCGCUUCUCGCGAUGGCUGCCCAAGGAUCAACGUGAGCUGAUCGAGAAGCAGGCGAUGUUGCUUUCGGGAAGGGGCAAGUCGCCGGCGCCUGCCACUCCCCCCAAGCCCCAGAGACCUCAAGUCGGAGGCAUGAAUGGCACACAUACCACUAACACUACCAUAACACUACCUACCACAACGACGACGACACCGACGACGCCAAAGUUGCCACAGGAAACGGAAAUCUGAGUGUGCGCACGUGUUUGUGUGCGCGCACAAGGCGUUCGUAUUUAUUUAUUUCUUUUUCGGUACAGGAAACGUCCGGCAGGAUUAAGAAUGGAGCAGUUUUGUGACCAUCGUGAACUUUUAGGGGGCAGCCAUAUGUGUCAGGAGUUAAAGCUGAUGUGUCAGAGCCAAUUCAGCCGAUAAAAGUUUAGUUUAGCAGGCAUAGGCAAACCAUUUCACAACCCACUCUGCAUAUUAUCAAAUGAAACCUCCAUGAUGUGAAAAGGAUUCAUAUUUUAUACUGUUUGCUAAGUAACUUUUGCAAAGUAUUUCGAUGAUUUCACAACUGGAAUAUGAAUAUGAAAACCUUUUCCUAUAAUAACUGGACUUAAUAAAUAAGUACUAGGCUGAUAUACAGCCGUGGACGUAUAAAUAGCACAAAAUGAAGUUCAUCUUUCGGAAUAGUUUUUUUAAAUAACAAAUACUUUUGAAAUAAUCGAUCUAAAGUUACUGUUCUGAUGUGUGCUAUUUAUACGUCCACGGCUGUAUGUCCUAACUAAUAUUAUUCGGAAAGAAUUUGGAUGAUUAGUUAAUUCCCAGAUGAAAACCUAUUAAAAUUUAAAAAGUUCCGGCGCAUGACUGUCCCCAUAUUAGAUUCUAAGCUUGGUUUAAACUCACGAAAGUCUAUUUUCCUGAACAACAAAAAACAAACGAAACAUUAAGCCUACAAUAAAUUAACCAAACUGAUUUAUUUUAUAGAGAUUAAGCCGGCAUGAAAUUAAGUUUUUAUCGAAUACAUUUAAACGAAAGAGUUUGCAUGGCAAGCAUGAAGCAAAAAUAUUGUUUUACGCAAAUAUUUAUUGUAGUCAUUGUAGAACAAAGUCGUCAAAUGAGUGUUCAAUUAAGACUCGCACAAUUUACUCUAAGAACGAAAAGAAGCUUCCACUAAUUUGCGAUCGAUUUAGUUGGUUACAGUUCAAGUGCCUAAAACUAAAAAUAAAUUUAGUAUUUAAAAAAGCGAACGAUAUAAAAUAGUUCAAAACUUUUGUACGUGUUGUUUUUCUUAUUAUUUUUUACAAAACGUAUGUUUAAUAUUUAAUUAAAAACAAUAAAUAUUGUUAAAAGUGCGAUAGCUUCCUGUUUUGGAUUUAUUUAUUUUGCAAAUGCCUGAAUAUGUAUGCGUGUGUGAGAGGCGAAUUUUGAAUGAAAGGGAAUUAUGUAAAGUUCACCGGGCCUGAAAGGAAAUUUCUAACAAUGCGGCGUAUCAAAGAGGAAAUCCCCGUACAAUAUUCCAUUUUCCAUAACAAAAGCAAUAUCAUUAAAAUACGAAAGAAGCGUUUCAUGCAAUAAACAUUUCAUAUAUGAGAGACUAACACGCCACGCCUGAAACCAACACAAACUAAAGCACGAACACAUAGACACGCACACACUGCUAGCAAAA